CGUGUUACUCAAAUAUGAGUUCCGGAUAAGGGUUGUGCAAAGCUGCCCGGAAUUCACAGGUAAGCGAGAAAAAAAAAUAAAAUGAGGUGAAGUUGUAUCAUGCUCUUUUUUUUUCUUCUUCUUUGAAAACGAAAUAUGUCGCGUCAACCUGUCACUGUACCUUGUAAAUACAAGACUGGUCGAGUUCUCGGUAACGGUACCUAUGCUACUGUCAAAGAGGCUAUGCACAUUGAAACUGGCAAGUAUUAUGCUUGUAAAAUUAUCAACAAGAAAUUGAUGGAAGGUCGCGAACAUAUGAUUCGCAAUGAGAUCAACAUCUUGAAACGUAUUUCUCAAGGCAAUAAGAAUAUCUUGAGCUUGGUCGACUACUUUGAAACGUUAAACAACUUAUACCUUGUUACAGACUUGGCCUCUGGUGGUGAAUUGUUUGAUCGUAUUUGUGAAAAGGGCAGUUAUUUUGAAAAAGAUGCUGCUCAUAUUGUUCAAACUGUUUGUUCCGCAGUUGCCUAUCUUCAUGAAAAUGGCAUUGUUCAUCGUGAUUUGAAGCCUGAAAAUCUCCUGUUCCGUGAACGCGAUGAAGAUUCUGAUCUGUUGAUUGCUGAUUUUGGUUUGUCCCGUAUUAUUGACACCGACAAAUUCCAUACUUUGAAAACCACUUGUGGUACACCUGGUUAUAUGGCACCCGAAAUCUUUAAAAAGACGGGUCAUGGAAAGCCUGUUGAUAUGUGGGCUAUUGGUGUCAUUACUUACUUCUUAUUGUCUGGUUAUACACCAUUUGAAAGAUCCAGCAAUAUUGAAGAAAUGAAUGCUAUUAUUCAUGCUGACUAUAACUAUGAUGAUCCUUGUUGGGACAACAUUAGUAAUUCAGCCAAGAACUUUAUUGAUCGUUGUUUGACGAUUGAUGCUAAUGAGCGUAUUACUGCUCAAGAAGCCCUUCAACAUCCUUGGUUGCUUGGUACUGGCGACCAGCCUAAAACUUCUGAAGAAGGAGGCGACUUGUUACCCAAUUUGCGUACUAACUUUAAUGCUCGUCGUACAUUUAAGAAAGCUAUCAACAUGGUCACUCUCUCAAAUCACUUUGGACACAGCUUGUUAAAAAAUAAUUCUACCAAUUCAUCUAGUGUUCCUGACGAAAUUAAGCCUGUCAAUGAAGGCAUUGACCAAGUAUUAGAAAGUUCUUAAAAAAUAAUAAUAAUGAUGUUUGCUUGACAAAAUAUAAAAUAUGUCAUUCUUACAAGCCAUUGUGCUUCGUCAAAGUAAAAGAGAGUUCAAAAGCCAUGUAGAUUCUUGGCAUUUGCUGUC